AUGGCUACAACUUCUUCUCCUUCUUCCUCCUCAAACAACAUUCCUCCUUCGUCUCCGACUACCAUGACCACGCCGCCACGUCAGCAUAUUCACCUGGAGCCACCAUCUUCUAAAAAGAAGAAAAACAGAUCAAACGUGUUCCGAGUCUUACGCACCGUGUUUCGCUCUUUCCCGAUCUUCACAACACCAGCCGUAGCAUGCAAAAUCCCGGUUAUCCAUCCCGGUUUAGGCUUACCGGAUCCACACCACAACACGUCAAGAAUCACUGGAACAUUAUUCGGAUACCGUAAAGGCCGAGUGAGUCUCUCGAUUCAAGAAACCCCUAAAUCUCUUCCUUCUUUAGUCGUAGAGCUCGCCAUGCAAACCACAACGCUUCAAAAAGAGCUUAGCUCUGGAAUGGUGAGAAUCGCUCUCGAGACUGAGAAGCAGCCUCGAGUAGAUAACAACAACAACAACAACAAUAAAACGGAAAAGAAGACGGAUAUUUUGGACGAACCGUUAUGGACAAUGUAUUGUAAAGGAGAGAAAACGGGUUACGGUGUGAGACGAGAAGCGAACGAGGAAGAUCUAAACGUGAUGGAGUUGUUACGUCCGGUGUCUAUGGGCGCCGGAGUUUUGCCCGGAAACUCGGAGUUGGAAGGACCCGACGGCGAAAUGGCGUAUAUGAGAGCUUAUUUCGAGAGAGUUAUUGGGUCUAAAGAUUCAGAGACUUUUUAUAUGUUGAGUCCUGAAGGGAAUAAUGGACCCGAGCUUAGUUUUUUCUUUGUGAGAGUUUGA